AUGGGAGCAACAGAUUUUAAAGUGUUACAGCUCUUGCUUUUAAUCAGUUUAUCUGAGAUAUGUGGAGCGCAAAAAGACAUAACGUUAUCCGUGUUCCAAGUGUCCACAAAAAGUAUGACGGUGCGAUGGAGUCGUUACUCUGGGGCCAGCUCCUACAAAAUCACCGCCACACCAAAGAACUCUCCUCAACCGUCCGCAUUCGCCCAGUUCAGCGGGAACUCCGUCAUGGGCUCUGUUAACUCUCUCUCCGCCAACACGAUGUACACCAUGCGGGUCGAGGCCAUUGGCAAAGCGGGCAACGUCCUGAGCAGUGCAGAGGUGGACGGGAGCUCAUCCCCCGAGGUACCUACCAUUAAGCAGGCCUACUCCAAGCAGAGCGACAGCAUCACUGUGGAGUUCAGUGAGGUAAUGGGGGCGAGCGGCUACAUCCUGCGAGCUGAGUCUGAGGUGGGAGACUUCUUAUCAGAGACCGCGGUGACCAGCACCCCCGGCACCGUGCUGCAGCUGCAGCCAUACACAGACUACACCCUCAGUGUCAUGUCUGUCAACAGCGCGGGACGCAGCCAGCCCUCAGCACCCGUCCAGAUCAGAACGGUGGUGGUGGCCCCACAGCUAAACUCCACCUCUCCCAGAAAUGACACCAUCCUGGUGACCUGGUCCCCGGUCAACCAUGCGGUCCUCUAUACCCUCUGCAUCAUCAAGGAGGGCUCCAACUCUCGCCUCAAACUCAACACCAGUGACCCAUUCAUGACCUUUGAUGACCUGGAGCCCGGUACCAUCUACUGCGUCAAGGGCACGGCCUGGGACCUGGACGGUCGCCCCGGAGACGACCUCACUGUGUGUCAGAUCACCCGUCCUCUCAGCCCUGGGACCAUCCAGGUUCUCUUGACUCAGACCAGGUCUGGGGGUUUGGCAGUCUACUGGCAGAUGGUGCAUGGGGCAGACGUCUACUUGGCAAAGACUUCUACUGGUCAGAACUGCUCUGCCUCAGGGAGGUUCUGUAUGAUCAGCCCACUGAGCUGCGGGCAGAACCACAGUGUGACUGUUACAGCCGAGAACAGCGCUGGAACCAGCAACCCCUCUGACCCAGAGGAAUUCAUCACAUUCCCAUGCCCUCUGGAGCAAGUCUGGGUAGAUGAGCACCAGGCGGGCAGCUGCUGGGUGUCGUGGACUAAGAUGCCCUUGGUGGAGUACUACAUCGCUUUUGUCAAGAGAGACGACGGGUCUGAGGAGCGCUGUAACACCACUGACACCACCUGUCACUUCUACUGCAUGUGUGGCUACACCUACCUCAUCACCAUGUUCACCUACAACCAGGCUGGCUCCAGUCCACCGGGAGACGUGUUCAACUAUACCACCAUUCCCUGUUGCCCAGAGGACGUUACCAUAGCACUGGUGUCGACGGAGACCCUGGAGAUCAUGUGGUCGUUGGUGCGGGGGGCGGAGCUAUACAAGACGACGGCGGCGGAGAUUGAUGAUGUCAUCCACUGUCAGGACACGGCGCCUGUGUGUGCUCUGUCCAACCUACGCUGUAACACACAGUACAGUGUGGUGGUGACACCAUGCAGUGAAAUACGAGGCUGCAACCGCACCUGCACACCUCACACACACGAGACAGCUCCCUGUUCUCCAGAGAUCCUGAGUGUAUCUCAGACCAACUCAUCCUCGAGUGUCAGUGUCUUGUACACGGCCCCCAACACCCCCAACACUACCUACACCGUCACAGCCGUGGGCCUCACUGACACACACACCUGUCAAUCACUCUCCACCUCUUGCCAGCUCACACAGCUGCCCUGCGGAGCCACCUAUGAUGUCACAGCGUAUGCCAGGACAGCAGUGGGGCCAAGCCUGUCCAGCUAUAGCGUGCCCCUGGAAACAGGUCCCUGCUGCCCCCACACCCUGACAGUAGACCAGGUGACCCAGGCCAUGACCAACGUCACCUGGUCCCCCGCUACAGGGGCGCGCUCCUAUGUCACGGCGCUGACAUCAUCUCGGGGACACGCCAAGUGCCACACCAUGGACACACACUGCCUGAUGGGAUGCAUCACCUGUGGGACCAACUAUAGCGUGAGCCUGGAGGCCAUCAGCAGGACAGGCCACAAGGCAGAAUGCAGAUAUCAUGGGUUCUCAUCCAGCGCCUGUUGUCCAUCGAGUGUCAAGCUCUACCGGAUGGCCAACAAAUCUCUGAGGGUGUACUGGCACUCCUCGGGCCCCCAGAACCACACGGUGGACCUGAUUGGGACAGGCACCAACCACACCUGCAUCCCCCCACCUCUCAGCAGCUCCUGUGACGUGGCUGAGGUCAUGUGUGGGGACGUCUACACCAUGGUGGUGGCACCUGUCAAUCAGGAUGGGAGCAAAGUCACAUUCUGUCCCGGCAGGAUCUACUCUGUGUCCUGCUCCGGAAGCAACGUAGGAAUGGUGAUCUAUCGGGGAAAGAGACGUGUCGAUUAG